AAUAUCCGAUUUUUCAAAAUGGGCUACUGGGGCGAGCUGAGAGCCUGGGUGUUGCGAGAUCCUGCGAAACUUAUACGCUACCUUGUCCUAUUCGUGUGCAGCAUCAUUGUGAUUGUGCAGCUAUACGAGUGCUUCUCCAAGCUUACGGAUCCACCCAUAUCGACGCAUUCCUAUUACAAUGUGAAUCAGACUAUUGAAAUGCCAGCAAUUACACUUUGUCGAGAGCCUCCCUAUCGGGCUGAAGUUUUAUCAAAUCUAUCGCGAGGCAAUUGUCCCCAUCCUAGAUUUGCCACCUGCUGGCAGAACUAUCCCUAUGAUGAACUGCCUCUCGACGAGUUCUUUGAAAGAAGUACCUAUGAAUUUAACGAGACAUUUUUCAGCUACGGGUUAGAUGGCAAAGAGAAUGUCGAGAUCGAUAGCAGCUUGCACUUUAAUAUGGGUCGUUGCUUUACGGUGCGUCCCUUAAAGAGCAUGAAUCGUGUCUCCAAGCCGGUGGGUUACUCCUUAAUGAUGGAGCACGAUAUGGUUGCAUCGACGAGCGAUGUGGAUUACCUAGCCGGAGUGGGUUGGCACAUUUUCAUACACGACAAACGCGAGAACUUUACGGAGAUAAACAUGAAGGGCUCGGGUCGCGUGGAAUAUGUAUUUGCGAGCAUCAACGAGGAGCUCGAGAUCAAGUUGCAGACUCAGUUCUUCUCGAAUGUGGAGACGCGCAUGGAGUCAUGCUCCCGCCAGGAGGGCUACAGUGAUCUCAAAUGUGGCGAGAUAUGCAUUUGGCAGGAUCUGGCUGAUGAGGUCAACUGCUCGGGUCCCUGGAUGCCGGAUAUCGAUCACGAGCCCUGCAACAACAAUGAGUCCAUGCGCGAUCUCGUUCUAAGCUAUAAACUGGUAUACGAUAGCGUUGAUGACUACGAGUGUGAUUGUCUGCAGCCCUGCGAGUCUCGCAUUUAUACGACAUACAUACAAAGUCGGAAGGAAUUCUUACAGCCGGAACCACGCACUCUGCUCUAUAUAUAUUAUACGACCAAGCUGAUAUCGAUGAUUGAAGAGCGUCCCAGCUACGACACUACGCAGUUUAUAGCUGAUGUGGGUGGUUCCUUGGGCUUUCUGCUGGGUCUCUCAGUGCUGGGCAUCAUUGGCAUCUUGGAGCAUUUGACUUUGUUCUUCUGCGGCGAUUGCAUUCGGAGACUGCAGCUAAAGAAUGAGAAGCACAAUAGUACCGAAAGUCCAGAGGAUACAGAAUCACACACCACCGAUGAAACGGUAGACAUCACCAACGUUUACACAGUGGAAGGGGCGGACUUGGACAAAUAUUAGACAGCCAGCUGGCUUGGCUUGUAGUUUUCAUCCAAAUAAAAUUAUUCAACCUAUAAAGGUAUCAUUUUUUGGUUUAAAUUUACAGAUAAUAAGAAGAUAUAUUACAGACCCUCGUAGACCGGAGUCAAUUUAUUUCUUUUAUAAACCACUUGACUAUUUGUCUAAUGGAUGAGUUUGGUUCGGAUAUCUUGUUAAAGAU